AUGAAGUUACGAACCGAAGCUUUCAAAGGUUUGCGGAACUAUGUCUUUUGGUUGGUGUCUUCUCCAUUAUGCUCAGACUUUGCUUUCAAGAUUUAUCCUAGUUUGGAGCAAGCGAAGCAAAUCGCUAAAGAACAAAAUGUAACCAAAAUUCCCGUUUAUGGUGUCAUUCCAGCGGAUUUGCUUACUCCAUCCAUUGCCUAUCUAAAGCUUUCUCGUGGAAAGCGCUAUUCUUACAUUUUGGAAAGCGUUUCUCAAGGUGAAAAUGUAUCUCGUUAUAGCUUUAUCGGUAGCCCAUACCGAGUGCUUAUGGCUAACGGAUCUGAAGAUCCUUUAGCUCGUCUGGAACGUGAAUUGAAGGAAGUGAAGGUUGCUCCUGUCCAUGGACUUCCUUCUUUUAGUGGCGGUGCAGUCGGUUAUGUUUCUUAUGACUGUAUCAAGUACUUUGAACCCACCACCGAUGUACCCACCCAAGAUAGUCUUGGCUUACCAGAGGCUCUCUUCUUCAUGACGGAUGACUUGAUUGCCUUUGAUCAUGCUUACCAAACAGUGAAAAUUAUCUCCCAUAUUUGCAUUGAUCAAGGAAGACCUAUGGAAGAGGCUUAUGAAGCUGCAUUGUUCAAAAUUAACAUGAUUCAUAAGAAGCUUGAUGCUCCAGAAAUCCCUCUGCCUCCCCAGAAGGAUAUUCAUCUCGGACAUGAAGCCAAAUCAAACACUGGCGAAGAAGGCUACAAGAACUACGUUUCUACUCUGAAAAAACAUAUUCAUCAAGGCGACAUAUUCCAAGCCGUUCCUAGUCAACGUCUCUCUCGCCCUACAGACUUGCAUCCUUUCAAUUUGUAUCGUCAUUUGCGUACUGUCAAUCCUUCUCCUUAUAUGUUUUAUCUUAACUGUGAUGAAUUUGACAUUAUUGGUGCUUCUCCCGAGCUCUUGGUCAAGUCGGAAGAUGGUCGCAUUAUCAAUCAUCCUAUUGCCGGUACUGUUCCUCGAGGCAAAACUCAAGAGGAAGAUGAAGCUCUAGCAAAUGAGCUACUUUCCAGCGUCAAAGACCGCGCAGAACAUGUUAUGCUUGUAGAUCUUGCAAGAAACGAUGUAAAUCGCGUAUGUGAUCUGGACACUACGCAGGUUGAUCGAUUGAUGGCAAUUGAGAAGUUUUCUCAUGUUCAGCACUUGGUCUCUCAAGUUUCUGGUGUUCUUAGAGAAGGAAGAACUAGAUUUGAUGCAUUCCGUAGUAUUUUUCCUGCAGGUACUGUUAGUGGAUCCCCUAAAGUGCGUGCUAUCCAACUGGUUGCUAGCUUAGAAAACGAGAAGCGUGGCAUUUACGCUGGUGCCGUUGGCCAUUGGGGAUACAAAGAUGAUCAAAUGGACACUUGCAUUGCAAUUCGAACCAUGGUAUACAAGAACGGAGUUUUAUACUUGCAAGCUGGUGGCGGCAUCGUUUUUGAUUCGGAUGAGCAAGCUGAAUAUAUUGAGACCAUCAACAAACUCAGAUCUAACGUUACAGCGAUUGACGAAGCAGAAAAGCUUUACGCAAAGGGCCAAAAUGAAUAA